AUACUUGGCCGCCGAAGUGUAGCGCGCACACGUUCGCGGUUGCUCGCUCGUGUGCGUAUCCCCUCCACACGUUGUAACAUGUUGCAGCGUCUCAAACUGGCGAUCUGGCAUCACUGCCGGGCACGCCGCGUGGCGUGCGUGGUGUGCGUGUGUGACGUUUCGGUGGCGUGGUCUGGUCCGGUGCCUCCGGUGUCCGGUUUUCGCGGUGAAACGUCCGUGAUCUGUCGUAUCGCGUACGUUGUGCGGUGAGCACGUUCGUUCCGUGUCAAGAUGGUCGCGAUGAAGGGACGCAAGAGCUCGAGCAAGAACCCGCCGAUACUCAGCCAUGAAUUCGUCAUACAGAAUCAUGCGGACAUCAUUUCCUGCGUGGCUAUGGUCUUCGUGAUCGGUUUGAUGAUGCAGGUUACCUCACCAUGGGCAUACACAUUCAUUGCCAUUAAUCAUAAUAUAACUAAUACUACUGAAGAUCCAACAGCAGCAAUAAAGUAUACUACAGGAUGGAAAGAUGCAUGUGCAGUGUUCUUUUAUUUCUUGAUAACCAUUAUAAUGCAUGCUGUGCUUCAGGAGUAUGUAUUUGACAAAAUUUCCAAGCGGCUUCAUCUCAGCAAAGUGAAACUCUCCAAGUUCAAUGAGUCCAGCCAAUUGAUAGUGUUUUAUGGAUUAUCCGCUUUAUGGGCAAUUGACAUUAUAAUUAGGGAGAAUAUACUUUUAAACAUAUGGGCAUUAUGGGAGGAUUACCCAGCGCCAAUGUCUUUCUCCUUAAAACUGUUCUUCAUCUGUCAGCUUGCCUAUUGGUUACAUUGUUAUCCUGAACUCUACUUUCAACGAGUCAAGAAAGAAGAUAUCCCACAACGCGUCGUCUAUGCCACCAUCGGAUUAUUUUUCACAUCCGUAGCUUAUUACUUCAAUUUCCAACAACUUGCCGUAAUUUUGUUGACUCUCCAUUAUGUGGGAGACGCUUUACUACAUAGUGCCAGAUUGGUUCACUUUAUUGGUCAAAAAGAAAAGCAAACGAGACUGUCGUUUCUUCUUGCCAAUUCGACUUAUGCGUUUGUGCGCGUUGCAACUAUCAUAUUGUCAUGCGUGGUGUUCCUGUACGGUUUGAGACAAGUGGAAUUCAAGUUCGACUAUGUCACGGGCACUUUCAAUACUCCCGCUGUCCAUUUCGCGGCAAUAUUCACCAUCUCACUUUUCCAAGGUUACCUCCUAUAUCUCUUUGUCGCGAAGCAGAUUAAACGUGCGCGCGAAAAUGCCGCACCCGUCGUCGUAAAGACGAAGCCGAAGCAAAAGCAGAGGAAACGAGAAGGCAAAAAAUCCGUUUUGUCCGAGGACGACGAUCUUCCAGAGGUGGAUCAAGCGACGAAAAACAAUCUGAGAAGUCGUCCUUCAGCCAAAACAAAAUAGAAGUUUAAUAAAUUAUAGCGGAAAUCGUCUGUAAGGCUGAUCGAAUAUUUAAUUUUCUUCAUCCGUAUGUUAUUAAACAAAUGUCGAAAUAAUCGAAUAUAUAUCAACAAAAUGCGAUCAUCCCUUCGCAAUAGCGCAGAAAUGCGAAGCUUCCAUUAUCGAGUUGAGGUCAUAUGCAGAAUGCUGAUACGUCCAAUAUUCAGCUUUGCGUUUGAAAAAAAAGCUUUCUAUGUGAAAGAAGAAGGUGGGUUCUAAAUAUUUUCGAAGAGAAGUGGUAGUUGGAGAAGGGGCAAGUGGUAGUUCGUUUUAAUGAAAUUUUAACUGCGAAUAAACAUUUUUUAAUGAUGUUCUUUCGUCUUCUCACAUGAAUUGUAGAUAAAUAUUACAUUUAUUAUAUAAUAGAAUUAUAUAUGUUAUUUGGUACGUUGAUAUUUCUAUACGUGUUGCGUAUGUUUCUUAAAUACGCCAAUGCUCUAACUACAAAUGUAAAUUAAAUGACAUGUAAUUAUGAAAUGAAUUUAUAUAAUUAUUUUGGCUUA